AUGGAUGGCAAAAUCGUGAUUAUAACAGGGGGAGCCAGUGGGACAGGAGCCGAAUCCGCUAGGUUGUUCACUGACCACGGAGCUCAAGUGGUUGUAGUUGACUUACAAGAAGAGCAAGGCAAAACGUCGCCGUUUCAAUCGGCAAAGACAGAGCAAGUUUUUACCGUUGUGAUGUUACAAACGAGACGGAACCAACCCGGCGUCUUGGAAACACCGGGAAGCAUCCUUGAUUUGAAUCUUGAACGGUUUCACCGAACAAUGGCUGUCAACGUUCGUGGAGCGGCUGUGUCUAUCAAACACGCCGCACGAGCCAUGGUGGAGAAAGGCACACGUGGCUCCAUCGUUUGUACGACCAGUGUUACGUCGGAGAUCGUGGUCAGGGACCUCAUGAAUACACGGCGUCGAAGCAUGGGCUCUCACGACGAGGAGACGGCGAAGCAGACGGAGGAGUAUUGCGAAGCCAGAGGGAUUUUUAAAGGUGUUGUGUUAAAGGCUCGACACGUGGCAGAAGCUGCUCUGUUUCUCGCUUCGGAUGAUUCGGUUUAUAUCAGUGGUCAGAAUUUAGCAGUGGACGGUGGUUUUUGCGUCGUUAAGCCUAUUUGA